AUGUCCUACACGAACCAGCUAAGCCGCUCGCCCUCGUCAACCUCCUCAUCCGUCGAGGAAGCCGAGAACACCGCCGAUGAAGAGGAUUCCGAGGACUAUUGUAAGGGUGGCUAUCACCCAGUACAGGUAGGGGAACAAUACAAGGACGGUAAAUACACCGUCGUGCGCAAACUGGGUUGGGGCCAUUUUUCGACGGUUUGGCUAUCCCGGGAUAACACCACGGGCAAACACGUCGCGCUCAAGGUUGUACGCUCCGCUGCCCACUAUACCGAAACCGCAUUGGACGAGAUCAAGUUGCUUAAGAAGGUCGUCGAGGCGAAACCGGACCACCCGGGUCGGAAGCAUGUCGUCAGUCUUCUCGAUUCCUUCAACCACAAGGGACCCAACGGGACGCACGUCUGCAUGGUUUUUGAGGUGCUCGGCGAGAAUUUGUUAGGUUUAAUAAAGAGAUGGAAUCACAGGGGAAUCCCAAUGCCGUUGGUCAAGCAGAUAACAAAGCAGGUCCUGCUUGGCCUGGACUACCUGCAUCGCGAAUGCGGCAUCAUACACACCGAUUUGAAGCCCGAAAACGUUUUGAUCGAGAUUGGAGACGUCGAACAGAUCGUUAAAACCUACGUCAACGACGAGCCGAAAAAGAAGGGCGAUGACGACACCGCCCGGAACGGACGACGAAGAAGAAGAACCCUCAUCACUGGCAGCCAGCCCCUACCUAGCCCCCUCAAUGCCAGCUUCAAUCACGCCGAUAUUGCCGCGUUCCCCGGCACCGCACAGAGCCUAAACAAGAUUGUGAAUGAGAACACAGGUAAAGAGCACCCCGGCUGCGGCAUCAGCCCGAUUUCAAAGGACGAGGUUGUAACGAGUGGUGCUUUAGGUACAUCAUCGCCGGCGUCCGGCCUCUCAAUGGCGGAACGACUCGGCAUCAAGAAUCCCGGGAGCGAAGAUGAGGCGCAGAAGGAGAGGGAAAAGACCGCCGACAUUCUGACUAAAGAGGUGUCUAGCAUCAGCCUAGACAAAACCACCGGAUCCGCUAACCCGCAGAAAUCCGAUGACGACGGCAUCGAGAUAAUAUCCGUCAAGAUUGCGGAUCUCGGCAACGCCUGCUGGGUAGGCCACCACUUCACAAACGACAUCCAAACGCGGCAGUACCGGUCGCCUGAGGUCAUCCUUGGUAGCAAAUGGGGCGCCAGCACCGACGUCUGGAGUAUGGCCGCAAUGGUCUUCGAACUAAUAACAGGCGAUUACCUUUUCGACCCGCAAUCCGGGACCAAGUACGGCAAAGACGAUGACCACAUUGCGCAGAUCAUCGAGCUGCUUGGCCCCUUCCCCAAAUCCCUCUGCAUCUCGGGGAAAUGGUCCCAAGAGAUUUUCAACCGCAAGGGCGAACUCCGCAACAUCCAUCGCUUGCGCCAUUGGGCGCUCCCGGAUGUGCUGCAUGAGAAGUAUCAUUUCAGUAAGGAGGAGAGCAGAGAUAUCGCGGACUUUUUGCUGCCCAUGUUGGAGCUGUUGCCGGUGGAUAGGGCGAAUGCGGGAGGGAUGGCCGGGCAUAAGUGGUUGGAAGGGACGAAGGGGAUGGAGGGGGUGAAGUUGGAUGUUCCGGUGGGGAGUAAGGGGGAGGGGAUUGAGGGGUGGGCUUGUGAGGUUAAGAAGCCGCGGUAG